AUGUCCCCUUGUUCACCGAUCCACCCUCUGUCCUGCAGUGAAGCUCUGGCGGCGAAAGAUGCUGCGAUUGCCGUGAAGGAGCUCAACAUUGUCGACACCAUCGUGCGCGGGUUUGCCUCCCUUCUAUCCAACAGCAACGUCCAGCACGCGCGGUUCAUGAAUCUACAGCUCACCUUCUGUCAAACCAACCUGGAAGCCCAAGGCAUCUAUGCAGUUCGUUGGUUAUCUCGCGGGGAAGCCGUGUCUCGUCUUCUGGAAGUGCUCUCAGCUGCCAUUGUUUUGAUGAAAGACCAGUCGCCGACGAUGUACGAAGUGGCAACGUCAUUCAAGUUUCACUGGCUUCUGCGGCUCCUGGCGGACGUCCUGUUCGAGCUAAAUCAGCUCAACCUUCGGUUCCAGCAACGCCAGGUGGACGUGACUCUGGUGGCACACCUUGCAGAGCAGACGCGGAUGCGCCUCACCCAACGCUACCUCCGUGUCCCCGAGGGACACACAUUCGGUCAUGGCGACAAGAUGCAUUUGCCUGCCUUCAUUCGUGCACAUGGGAAGUCGGACCCGGACAAGCGGAAGAUGAAGGUGGAAGGGGUCGAUAGCGAUGGGACCCCAUCCUCUCAUGAGUUCGUGCUCCACGAGCGACCACUGGCCGAUGAAGACCCUGACGGUGAAGCGACGGCAGGUGACGCGACAGCAUGCUACGAGCUGUCGACCAAGUUUGUGCGGGAGGUUGUCAAGCAGCUUGAGAAGCGCCUAAGAGAUCUGUCUCACCUCGAUGGCUCGAAGCUGUUCCUGUCAUCGAAGUACCUACAAGAUGAUGACAAGCGUGUCGCGGCGUUCAAGCGCUGGCUGAAGCAGCUCCAUGUGCUCUACCGCGAGUCCUUGCCAUGUUUGUGCGCUGUUGAUUAUGACAAAUCUGUGCACACAUGA